AAACGUCUUCUUUCCUAACCAUUUCGGACGGCUUUUAUAAUGUCUCUCUCUUUCCGUCGCCAAAUGUAGUCUCCUCAGUUCCAGCUUAGCAGACUGCAAAGACACACACACAGAAAGGGAAAUUUCAUCUUCUCCAACCUCGAAAUGUCUUCUUCUCUUACCUGUGUUAGGCUAACGCUAUUCACCGUGGCAGCUGUUGCUUUUCAGAUCAUUGGACUCUCGUUUUUCGUCUUCGGCUUCUUCCCCGUCAAACCUGCACUCUCCGGUGACAGUGGUUCGGAAAGUUUUCAUGCGCCCACCUGCUAUUCAAUGGGAAACGAGAGUGUCAAAGAUCUGCCUCCUUACGACCUCCAAUCUCUAUAUCAGGAAUUAUCUGGGCUUCCUCCUUUGUUUGACCGACUUAUUUUAAUGGUUAUUGAUGGUCUUCCAGCCGAAUUUGUGCUUGGAAAAGAUGACCGGCCUCCAAACAAGGCCUUGAUGGAAGCCAUGCCAUAUACUCAGUCAUUGUUGGCAAAUGGAAUUGCAAAAGGUUACCACGCAAAGGCUGCACCUCCAACUGUUACGAUGCCCCGUCUGAAGGCUAUUGUAUCUGGAGCUAUCGGAGGAUUCCUUGAUGUGGCUUUCAAUUUCAAUACUCAGGCUCUACUUGAUGACAAUCUUCUUGGUCAGUUGUCUAAAGUUGGUUGGAAAAUGGUGAUGUGUGGAGAUGAAACAUGGCUUAAACUGUUUCCGGGGCUCUUUAUGAGGCAUGAUGGAGUUAGCAGUUUUUUUGUUAAAGAUACUGUAGAAGUGGACAAAAACGUUUCUCGACAUUUAAGCUAUGAGCUUAGCAAGAAUGACUGGAAUCUUCUAAUUCUUCAUUAUUUAGGCUUGGACCAUGUUGGGCAUACUGGUGGUCGAAACAGUCCCUUAAUGGCUCCAAAACUUAUGGAAAUGGAUGAAGUGGUGAAGAUGAUGCAUGCCAGUGCCGUCAUGAACCCAGAUGAUAAAAGAAGGACGCUUUUGGUUGUAGCGAGUGACCAUGGGAUGACUGAAAAUGGCAAUCAUGGUGGGUCAUCGUAUGAAGAGACUGAUUCUCUUCUUCUUUUUAUUGGAUCAAAAAGUCAUGCCACCGACUUUCCAUCAAUUAUCAGCAAUGAUGUCAACCAGGUUGACAUUGCACCAACACUAGCUCUUUUAUUUGGUGUGCCAAUUCCCAAAAACAACGUUGGUGUCAUGAUUCCAGGAGUUAUAGACUUUUUGAAGGAUACGCAACAACUGAGGGCACUCCAAUUGAAUUCUUGGCAAUUGCUUAGAUUGUUACAAAAGCAGGUACCUGGUUUUCCAUGUGGAAGUUUCCCAUGUGAUGGCUUUUCAGGCGAUCAAGGAUAUAAUAGUAAUGAUAUUAUGGAGAAGUUCUGCCGGCUUUAUUUGCGUUCUGCAUUUCUUCACGAUUCCUGGAUAUCAACGGAACUCUCCAGGUCUGAUAGCAGAGAAGACAAAAGUGAAAUUAUUGCAGCAUACUAUGAGUUUCUGAUAAAUGCAAACCAAUGGUUAUCACAUAAAGCUACUGAUAAACCUUCUACAGUUAUUGUUUUCGGAGUGAUGUCUAUGAUCCUAUCAUUUCUGAUAUUUUCUAUUUCCAUUUACUCUAUUAUCCAAGAAAGUUAUUCUGGAGAAAAACAACUGUCCAAUGGUAUCUUUACCCAGCAUCUUGAUGAGGGUUUUUCUCUAUGUGUAAUAUUCAUCCUGGUGAUCAGUAUGGGAUCCAGUUCCAUGGUUGAGGAAGAGCAAUAUAUUUGGCAUUACUUGAUCUCUACAUUGAAUUUGCUUUUCCUUCGUAAAACAAUGCAGUUACUUCAAAAAGAAAGCACCUGUCGCUUUUUUACUUUGUUCAAUGGACAUGGAAAAGUUUGUAUAAGGAUAUCUUCCAUCUUUACCCUCCUUAUCACUGGAAGGAUUUUAAGGGGUUGGCAUCAAGGAGGUGUGAAUUGGACUCAUCUCCCAGACAUAUCCAAAUGGCUUGAACAGUCGGGGAUUGAUCUUCAUCUGAUUCAAUUGACUGCUGUCAUCCUUACAAUCAUACUAAUCUUAUUUUCUCUAUCUUUAUUAGGAAGGGGAAUGAAAAUUGUUCUAGUUGUUGGAUUUAACUUUUUGAUGUCGGGAUUGCUAGUGUUGUACCAUAUCCUGAGAUAUCAACACAAUGCAUCACUACCAUCCAGCAAUGCGGCUACUUCAUUAGCACAAAUAAUUUAUGCAACUCUUGGUGUUUCUACUGUGGGGACUGUUCUGGCUGUACCAUGGAUUAUGCCUAUUCAAAUUUCGAAGGCAUGUUGUAGCGAUCGGAAUCAAAACUCUGCAGUCUCUCAUCCUUUAAAAAUUGGGAGUCAAUCUCAAUAUCCAGAACUGAUAUAUUCUUUAUUUAUUAUCGGGUGGGUGUACAUAGGGUCUUGGUGUCUUCUGCAGUUGCUGCUUCAACAACCAGUUAACUCAGUAGUUACGUUACUCAUUCUGAUGCAGAUUUUUGCCAGCUUUCUGUUUUUUUCUCAAAGGAUGCUGCAGCAGAAGCAAUGGGUUGAGGUUGCUGUGUUGUACUAUAUAGGAAUGGCUGGCCAUUUUGCGCUGGGGAAUAGUAAUUCUCUAGCUACAGUCGACGUUGCUGGAGCUUUCAUUGGCAUUUCAAACUACUCAGCGUUACUUUCUGGCAUAUUGAUGUUCAUCAUCACCUAUGCAUCACCGACACUGCUGCUGCUAAGUUUGGUGAUGUAUAUCUCAAUUAAAAAUCUAGAAAUUGCUGCCUCUCCUCAAAAUGUAGAUUCUGGACAUGUUCUGAAGAGGAUUCUUGGCCUUCCUUGUUUGGUUCCACUGACUAUCAAUUCGAUCUUGUUGAUGGCAUACACAAUAGUUCUGAUCUUAAUGAGGAACCAUCUCUUUGUUUGGAGUGUUUUCUCUCCAAAGUAUUUAUACGCAUGUGCCACGACUGUGUGUGUCUUGAUCGGAGUCUUUGUCGUGGCAACGACAGUAAGCUAUGCAUAUAUGGUGUUGGCGCUGCGCAAAAAGUAUGAGAAGCUACAUUGGUGACACGUGAUAAGAGCCUGAGUAUUCUUUCAGAUUCAUUGGAUCUCUGUAGAAGGUUUUUAGCGCACUACACAAUUUUAAAUUUUCAAAAUCAAUUUUGAGAUUGUUGUUAAUUACUGAUUACACAGCUAGCAAUUCUGUUACAUGAUUGUAUAUCGAUUUUUUAGAAGUAUUACAUCAAGUUAAACCUAGAGUUCGUCCGAGUCUUGAUUAGUGAUGAAAAAGCUUCUUUUGCCGUCCCA